GGAAUAUAAAUGUAAUGGUACGUAAAAUAAGAGCUUAUAAGCAUGUGUUUGGACUUUUUCUAUUUUUAUCUCUCUGCAUUUUAUUUUAUUACUCGCUUAAAACAACAUUACAUAAGUAUAAAGACUCUCCCAUUUCAUUGGUGAUUGCAAGUUCUCAAAAAUUAUCGCCUCAUGAUGAACACAUGAAGCGACUCUAUGAAAAUAGCUUGAAAUGGUCAUCUUAUUCUAAAGGAUUGAAAAUGAAAUAUCUCCUAGAAAAUCCAAUUUAUGCAAAAUGGAAUAUGAGCAAAGCUAAGAAGAAAAAAAAAGUAACGAUACUUUUAGUUGUUUCUUCAGGUCCUAAACGUUUUGAUCGUCGUCAAGCAAUUAGAGAAACAUGGUGGACACAAUGUAAAGUUACAGGCAAUGUGGUACCUGAAUGUAUAUUUUUUACUGAUCGUCAACAGCCUGGUGAUAAAUAUUAUGAAAAUUUACUGUCAGAGUACAAUAAGUAUGGUGAUAUUCAGUUUCAACCAUUGCGUGGUGGUGUUGAAUUUGGAAUGCGAUUUUUAUAUCAUUUGGUGUGGGCUAUGAAUUAUUACGAGUUUGAUUAUUUUUUACGUUCUGAUGACGAUUAUUUUUUAUGCUUUGAGAGAUUUUUAUUAGAACUCCCUCAACCAAUGCAAAAGGAGUUUCAUUGGGGUUUUGUUCAUUGUAUUAGUGAGUUAGUCCGCCCAGAAGAGAGUUUAAUUUUGCUUUCACGAGAUCUAGUUGAGAUUUUUCUAUCACAACCACCACAACUUAUUCUUUGUCAUCCACUUGCUGACCAAAUGAUUGGUGUAUGGGUUACAGGUUUAGGGAUGAACAACUUGUAUAGACACGAUUAUCGUUUACAUCAUGCACCUAUUGUUGAUCAAGCUCCUCAUUUGCGAAAUAAAAAAAACAUUUGUAGAAAAUUUAUAGGAAUACAUGGUACUUACUCUAACGAUAUGCAUUUGUUUUGGCAAUCAAAAGGUAUGCCGCUUAUAAAUAAAACAGUUAAAGAUUUAAAUGAAAAACUUGGAAAUUUAAUUACCAAUUCUGAAGUAUGUGAGUUAGUACAUAAUUUUAAUUAUUUGAACUUCGAACCUGAAUGGCAAUAUGAACCACAACGAUGCAUAUACAAUCCUUUGUGGGAUACAGGAAAACAAGCAGUGCUUGAUGGAGUUUAUAUUGGGAGGCAAGAUGAUCAUAGACUAGCAAAAGAAGACAUUAAAAACUUUGUAAAUAAAAAAAAAAGUUUUUGAAAAUUUGUAAAAAAAUCGUUUUUUUCUUGGUAAAUUUCUUCUUGUAAAUAAAUCAACUAAAAAAUUACAAAAAUAUUUUUUUUUAAAUCA